AUGAGCACGAGCUUCUUGAGAAGAUUCUUGAGUGGCUCGCCGCAACUCGCCAAAAUGAGCAAAAGAAAAGAGCUUCUUCAAAGAAAAAAAGUCCAGCACAUAAAUUCUGGGAUCACUGAAGAGCGAAAAAGAGACCUUCUCGUUGCUACAGAUUUGUCGAAGACGAUCAAAAAGGGAAAUUAUCACGAUGUCGUCAGCUAUGGCAGUAAAUUGAUGUCCUUGAAGAGCUUGAAGAUGUUGAAAAGGGACGAAAGACGGGUUCUAGCGAGACAAAGUCAGCUCGAAGGACGAAUACCAGUUCUGGCGACCAUUUCCAGCCGAGACUAUCACAACAAAAAGUACCAGAACAAAGUUGUUUGGGACUUUGUCUGCACUUACGGACGGUCACUAAUGCGCGGCAGAGAACCUCCUAGUCGUAGCAAAAUCGAGCUUCGAAUUGAAAUCGACUUGCCAAUUGGAUUGACCAAGUUGGAAAAACGAAAGCUUGAAGAAGAAGCUGACUUUAGCAAAAUCGACACAGAUAAAAUUGAAGCGAUGAUCAAUAAUAUGAGCGUUAUUUUAAAAGAAGAAAAGUUCAAAAUCUUCCGGAUAGAUCGCUCGAGCCAGAAGAAGUGGUUCAUUGAAGCAGGACCUACUGAAGAGUUUAUCGAAAUGUACAACAAUAAGAUUUAUAAACUGGGCUACGGGGACCAAUAA